GUCAGAAUUGGAUCUAGAAAGUCUUUAUUAGCGGUUCGCCAAUCGGAGAUAGUCGGAGAAGCAAUUAAUCGUUUCUAUCCAAAUCUCAGUAUAAAUAUUUCAAAGGUUUUUACUUUAGGUGACCAGGUCCAAAAUAGACCAUUAUACUCCUUUGGAGGUAAAGCUUUAUGGACAAAAGAGCUUGAAAUUCUCCUACUUCAAGAUGUUGGGGAAUACCAAAAAAUUGAUCUCAUAGCUCACUCUUUGAAAGAUAUGCCAACCAUCUUGCCUGAAGAGUUUGAAUUAGGAUGCAUUAUUAGCAGAGAAGACCCAAGGGAUGCUUUGGUUAUGAAAAAGGAUUCUCCUUACAAAUCUCUGACCGAUUUACCAGCUGGAAGUAUUGUUGGUACCUCUUCAGUUCGUCGGUCUGCCCAAAUCAAUAAAAAUUAUCCACAUCUUACGUUCAAAUCGGUACGAGGAAAUAUACACACAAGAUUGAGCAAGCUAGAUGCCCCAGAUUCCGACUAUGCAUGUAUCAUUUUAGCAGCUGCAGGAUUGAUUCGUUGCAACUUGGAUGAUAGAAUUACCAAGUUUUUGAACUGUAAUGAGAUGUACCAUGCAGUUGGACAAGGAGCUAUCGGAGUAGAAAUUCAGAAAAACAACGAAAAGAUGCGUCUAUUAUGUAGCGUCAUCGGUUGCCGCACAACCACUUGGAAGUGUGUUGCAGAGCGUAGUUUACUGAGAAGAUUGGAAGGUGGGUGUUCUGUUCCAGUUGGCGUGUGGUCUACAUUAGAAGAUAACAAUGUUUUAAGGUUAAAGGCGAUUGUCUUGAGCGUUGAUGGUAAGGAAAGUGUUGAGGAUGUUCACGAAAAGGUAAUGGCAUGCGAUAAAGAUGCAUUGGAUCUAGGUUUGGAAUUAGCUGAAAAAUUGAUUGCCAAGGGUGCAAAAAAAAUUUUGGAUGAAAUCAAUUUCAGUAAAGUAGAGGAA